GCUUAUCAUAACUAAUAGGAGCUAACCACCAAACCAGACUGGCUUGCUUAAGAGACUAUAGCACCAUAUUUUAUCUUUCAUCACACUGAGGGGAAGGACACAACUCCACCACAGGCUGUAAAAGUCAACAUGCUAAACAUGAACUUUAAACUUCUUGUCAUCAUCUUCUGUGUUGUGCACCUCUCCAUUUACUGCCAAGGGCGUCCGCUCAGUAAAAGGACAGUGAGUGAAGUGCAGCUCAUGCACAACCUGAGACACCACCAGCAGGUGCAGGAGCGCCGCGAGUGGCUGCAAACCAGAAUCCAGGACAUCCACAAUGCUGCGGGCCGGGCCAGCAGUGGAGACAUGGAGGGCUGGAAGAGAAGAUUACAUCCUGAAGAGUUGACUGAGCUGACACCAGAUGAGAUAAAGGAAGCUUUGGACUUUCUGGAGAACCUCCUCAAAUCAAAGCAGUGAUUUAUUUUAUUUUUUUUAUUUGACAGUUUGCAUUCACAUAACAUUUCCAACAUCUUAGAUUUAAACUGUUAUAUUCUGCUUUUGAGUUUAUUUCUUAUUUUAUUAGUUUUUUUUAUCUGUUUUUUUUUUUUUGCUUAUUUAUUCAACUUUAUUUAUGACAUUUUUAUUUAUGAGACAGUGCCUCUGUUAGACAGAUCUUCCGUUGUCGCUGCACUUUUAUUGAACGACUUGUUAAGUAAAAAACAUGAAGGAGUUAGUCUGAACUGGACCAAUUAUGUUUCUUUUUUUGUAUAUUUUGCGCAGACAAAGCCCUAAUGUUGGAUUUAUCAAGGUUAAAUGUGUAGUCUGUUGUUUUUGUGCAUGUUGCCUACUCAUUAAAUGUUUGAUACGCCAUGUGAUUGGGCUGAAACAUAGUUAGCCCUCAGUAGAUAGCCUGAUAAGCUGUACUUAAAAACAAUACAAUUUUGUAUUUUUAUAUACUACAACAAUGCCAUUGUAAAGCACAAUGCUGCGUUUAAAAGAUGAAUCUAUAGUCAUAUGGGAGAGGUAAAAUAAAUUUUUUAAAAGUUAUGCUUUGUUUAUUUGUCAAUUUUAUUUGAUCAAUUUAUUAGUUUAACCAGAGGCAAAAAAAAAAAAAAUAGGAACAAGCAAGAGCCAAGCAACUGAAAGGAGUGUCUUACAGCGACUAAACGAAUUUCUCGCGAUAUCUUAAACGUGAAUUUCACACCAAAACAAAUCUACUAGCAAAUAGUAGUUGGUGGAGGCGACGAUUUUCAGAGGAAAACCCUAAAAUUUUCGUCUUCUCCGCAUUUGAACCGAUGGAUUAUUUAGCUGUUUAGGUAGCCAGUAGAUACGUCAAACUGGAAUGUCACUGCAGAAGUGAGCAGUGUGGUUUGUCUGGGUCGGACUGCGGCCGGCGGUUGCAGUGCCAUCAGGUCAGGACCAUGAGUCUGUACGGGGCCGGCGCCAGCGGCAGCGGCGGGGGGAUCAGUGGGGCUGCCGGUGGAUCCCGGGAACGGGGAUUGGGAGGAGCAGAACAUUAUAGGGAACAGCGACGACGCUCCAGCGAUCGCUCACGGGACUCGUCGCACGAGAGAGGGGAGAGCCAGCUCACGCCAUGCAUCAGGAAUAUUACUUCUCCAACACGGCAAUAUGAUCGCGAACGCGGCGACGGAGGCUCCUCCUCCAGAUCAUCCAGCCCUCGUCCUCCCCGAGUUUCUCAUUCUUAUUCACACAUAGGAGGAGCUCUGAUUGGGGCACAUAUACCACGGCCCCUGGGCCCCUGUGGGGUAGACCACCACGCCAAAAUUUUAGGCCCAGGAUCCUGUGACAUGAUCGUGUAUGACCUUGGUGGCAAAGAGCAUCGAAGUGGGCUGCGACCAGGGGAGAGAGUCACGCUCAUUGUGGACAAUACAAGAUUUGUGGUGGAUCCUGCUAUCUUUAUAGCUCAACCCAACACCAUGCUGGGCAGGAUGUUUGGUUCCUGUCGGGACAACAAUUUCACUCGGCCCAACGAGAAAGGAGAGUUCGAGGUGGCUGACGGCAUCAGCUCCACUGUGUUCCGUGCCAUCCUGGAUUACUACAAGUCGGGGAUUAUCCGCUGCCCCGACGGCGUUUCCAUUCCUGAGCUCAGAGAGGCAUGUGACUACCUCUGCAUCUCCUUCAACUACAGCACCAUCAAGUGCAGAGAUCUCAGCGCCCUGAUGCACGAGCUGUCCAACGACGGAGCGCGGCGUCAGUUCGAGUGUUACCUGGAGGAGAUGGUGCUGCCGCUGAUGGUCGCCAGCGCCCAGAGCGGGGAGAGGGAGUGCCACGUCGUGGUGCUGACCGACGACGACGUGGUGGACUGGGAUGAGGAGUACCCACCUCAGAUGGGAGAGGAGUACUCUCAGAUUAUCUACAGCACCAAACUCUAUCGUUUCUUCAAAUACAUCGAGAACAGAGAUGUAGCCAAAUCUGUGCUGAAGGACCGAGGACUGAAAAAAAUCCGCCUGGGAAUCGAAGGAUACCCAACGUAUAAGGAGAAGGUGAAGCGACGUCCCGGGGGUCGCCCCGAGGUCAUCUACAACUACGUGCAGCGUCCCUUCAUCCGCAUGUCCUGGGAGAAGGAGGAAGGGAAGAGUCGCCACGUGGACUUCCAGUGCGUCAAGUCAAAGUCCACCACCAACCUGGCGGCGGCCGCAGCCGACAUCCCUCAGGACCAGCUGGUGGUCAUGCACCCUCCCGGCCCGCAGGUGGACGAGCUGGACACUCUGCCCCCUCUGGCCAACGAUCCUCACCAGCCGGCGAUAGGACAGGCGCCGGAGAACCACCCGGGGGCCCAGCUGUACGAGGGCCCGCACCAGCAGGAACACCAGAGCCAGCCCCGCACCAACCAGCAGCCACACAGCAGCAGCAGCGGCAGCGGUCACUGUCAGCCGACGUACCACUACGACCCGGACCCUGACAAUCCGUCCCCCUCAGCGUGACGCCGCCCGCUCCCACACAGCCACGUUCACUACAAGUGCUUUCGUCACACAGCUGCAGCCAGCGCUGAAGGUUCGACUGGAACCAGGUUGUCCUGCCUGCCGGGCACACAGUGCAAGUUUUCAAAAAUAAAAGCACCUCUUAAUGUGAACACAGACUCCCAUUCCUCUUCUUUCUCCCGAGAGGCAAACCACCACUUUGCCUUCUGCCGCGACACAUCACCCAAAUCAAGCCGAACUCUGGAGCCCGUCAGCAGACGCCCUCACCCGGUUUCUGCUGUUUCUCUGACCAAAGGAGCGGCGGCGCAUUAACGCGGAGACAAGAGGACUGUUUUACCGGAGCGUUGGCGCGGGACCUCUGGUGGUUGUCACUGCACCUGAUUGGUUCACUUGUUUUCAGUGCCUCAUCAUAGUUUAUUUAAUAGUAGAUGUGAAGAUUCCUUUUCCCCCUGAACAUUUAAAGGCCUUUAUAAAAACCUGUUUUACAGCGACGAGGUUCCACUCCUGUUUACGGUUUGUUGUUUUUAAACUCGGCACAGAUUUAUUGUCACUGCUGUGGGCACACAAGAUGUCAGAAAAGAUGUUGUACAUUUUCUAAAUAAACUGGAUUCACAAACUUC